GUGGAUAGGAUCCCGCCGCUCGGGGACGGUGCGCCGCUACACUGGAAAUUCUCCGACACGCAAACGGCACUCUGUGAUCAGGGCUAUGGCUCAGAGCGCUCCCCCGAAGAGGAGUAUCCACCGCCGCUGCCUGACCACGACCACCUCCAGUACCAUCACCACCUAGAGCCGCACGCCCCCUACCCCUUCGUGACGCCAGACAGCACAUUCUUGGUGAAAUUGAUGAAAGGAUCCAGAGGGCUGGGGCUGAGCGUGACAGGCGGCAUCGACAGUGGCGCCUCCUGGCCGGGAAUCAUCCGCAUCAAAAGACUGUUUCCGCACCAACCCGCUUCCUCGUGCGGCCUUCUCAAUGUUGGAGAUCUCUUGCUCGAAGCCAACGGAAUUACGCUUACCGGACUCACAAACUAUGAAGCUUUAGAAGUAUUACGAACGGCAUCCAACCAUGUAGAACUGAGGGUCUGCCGACCUCCUCCGGACGUUUUGAACUGUGUCAGUCCCAUAUCAGAAGUUCCUCCUCCCCCGCCUAGAAGAGAACCUCCUAACUCUCUAAACUUGUCAUCGGCCAUAUAUAGUACGCCUGAAGAUGAGCAUUACCACGGGGAAUUUGAAAUUACGCUUACAAAAAAACAAGGAUCGUUGGGUUUCACUUUGCGCAAAGAGGAUGAUAGUGCCCUUGGUCACUACGUGAGGGCGCUGGUGAGGGAACCGGCAGUGACAGACGGACGGAUCAGAGCUGGAGACAAAAUCAUAGCUGUUAACGAUGUGGAAAUAUGCCCAAUGUCUCACGAACAAGCAGUUCAAUUCUUGAGGCAGUGUCCUGAUGUAGUGAAGUUGAGACUUUAUAGAGACCCUGCUCAGACACCAGUGUCCACGCUUUCGCCAUCAGAAACAACUCCCAGGACUUCCUUCUCCAAAAAAACGAACUUGAGACCAGAGGCCGUCGACAUGCUGAACGACAUAGCAAGUCGGAAACUGGUGAACGUUUCCCAAGAGAUCUACAACCGCUCCAUGUCUCCGAAUUCGUCGCCGAGAAGACUGCGACGUCAACAGUGUCCCUCAGAUGCCUCUCAAGCCGAUUAUGAUCACUAUCACGAGCAGUUCCACGAGGGGCUCAUCCAGAAGUGCCCCCACCCCUUCGACGAAGACGCUUUCAAUUCGCUUUUUUCCAUGGAGUCCGAGGACGGCGACAGACCCCCCAGACCUGUUUCGUUGGACCUGUACAAUCCUAAUCAGACGCCGGUGGCGGCCAGGAAGCCGAGGUUCAACUUUUCGCUCGCGCACAACGCUUACGAACUCAAUAAUCUAGAUGCCGAGGUUCUGGACGCUCCUAACUUGACGUAUAAUUUGGGUGA